AUGUCAAAAAAUAAAAAAUAUACAGUACGACUUGCAAACAAAGGGCAAAUAAACUCAAAUCUCCAUUACGGACCAUAUGUUCGAGAUUGGUGGAUUUCAAAUCUAAAAAUUGCAAAUAAUAGUGUUUUAAAUCUUCCUUUUCGUCUUUUAUAUGAGUUUGGUUUUGACUUGAUUGAAGGCGAGAAUAUAGUCGAGGCAGUGAAAGGGCUUUCUGGAACAUCGUUAGCCGAAAUUAAAAUAAAUCGUGAUGAUAGAAGUAGUGGAUCAGAAGCUGAAAACAUUGAGCUGUUUGCUAGAUUUAUCUGUGCUAAGGAACUGUCUUAUAUAGGGUUAUGGAAAAAUUUUUCAUCCGCAGAAUUUAGUGCAUCUCUUAUUCGUCCAAAACCCAUAGUUUCGGCAUACACAGAACCCAUAUCUAAUUGGACUAUGCCAAUCCCAACAAUAAAAGAUAUGUUGUAA